GUUGUCAUCCCAUCACCACAUUCACCAUUGGUUCCUACAAAAAGAAACUUCAGCUGAACUGGAACUCUUCCUAUUUCACGUAACAGCUUAUGAAAAUAGACCACGCAAUUUGCAAAAUAUUCAAAUUUCCAGAAAUUUAAAUAAUCAUUAGUGCGUGUGACUCGUCAGUAAAAAUCAUGGUUCAUCCAAUGUGUGGCUUUCCUAUCCAACGAGGUGCAACGUUCCUUGCAGUAACUGAAGUCAUUUUGGGAAUUUUGUAUCUAAUACAAAAUGCAGUUGCUCUCUCGAUGUACGUCCCCCGUGCAUAUGAAGAAUAUGACAUUAAUACCAAUGCUGAGAAUUGGGUAGAGAAAGUCCCAAGAAUUUAUUCCACGAAAGCGACGAUAACUCUGCUUAAUUCUGCCUACUGGGCAUCUACACUAUUGUUGGGAGUAUUGCUUUACCUUGCCAGUAAACAGAGAGAUUUACGGAAAUGUCGAACGUGGUUCAUUCUCACCUGCAUUCUGACCGUCCUGUUCAUAGUGGACAUAAUGAUGCAGUCGUUCUCACUACGAGCAUCCAUGGCAGAAAUUGCAUCACCCGUUGUGGGCACCUUACUGUCAACUUACAUGGCGUGGGUUGUUUUAGUGUUCAUGGACGACAUUCGUCAAGGAGGAUGUGCUCCGAUAAAAUCUCAUGGCGAAAUCGCCUCAUAGUUCAUUUUUUAACAACAAUGUAGGAUAACAAAUUCGUGUACAGUGCUACCAAAAUUGAUCGAGUGUUUUUUUCUUUCUAUGAUAAUUGACUUGUUUGUUAUUUUUAUUUAUAUUUGUAUGGAAUACACUAUUAGAUGAAAUAUACAACUAAUUUUCAGGCAGAACGCCUAAAUGCAA